GGCGAAGCUCGCUUUAGUCCUCCAAUAAACGGAGGUUUGGCAAAAAAAACCUUCGGGACGUGCGGCGGAGGCGAACCGGCGGCUGCCUGCGGGGCUCCGGGGAGGUGUGUGGCAGGAACGGGGCUCUGCUUCCAGCAGAGCCCGGAGCAGCCCCGGUGUGACCGAGGGACGCCGUCGGUCCGCGCCGAGCCCGCGGCAGCCCCGGCGGGGGCGGCUCCGUGCGCCCGGCGCUGCCGUCACUUCCCGGCCGGCGCGCUUCAUCCAUCACUUCCUGCCGGGGGCUCCACGAGGAGGACGCCGCUGUCCCCACCUGUCCCGGACAGCUCUGGGACCCGGGGUGGCAAUGGCCAGCCUGGCCGCCCAGGACUCCUACCUGCAGGGCUUGGCCAGGAGGGCCGGCGUGCAGCACGCCCCGGAGUCGCGGAAGAGGAAAUUUGUGUCUAAGCCAGGCCAGCCCGAGGAUGCUGGCAGACAGGUCAAAAAGCAGAAGAAAAAGAAGCCCAGGAAGCAAACUGAGAAGAAGAAUGCUCCUUCAGCCAAACAGGUGGUUUCUAACAGCAGUAAACCCACUCCAGGACAGAAAGCAGCCCCUCAAGCCAGCAAAUCAUCUCCACAGGGUGGCACACAGAACAGAAAGGAGAGUUUGGCUGCAGGAAGUAAAAGUGAACUGAGUUCCCCUUCUGUUUCUGCAAUCAGUCUGUUGCGUCAGAGACUCCAUGAGAAGAUUAAAAAGGCUUCUGGACAGGAUAAUGCCAAGGAGUUAACCCCUGCAGUGCUGGAGAAGAGGCAGCGGAGGAAGUAUGAGAGAGAGAGAAAGAAACGCCGACGGAAGGAGCUGAAGAUGAAGGCAAAAAUGGAGAAGAAAGAGACUGAGGAGGUACCAGCAGAGCCAGAAAACAAAAAGGAGGAGAGCAAAGCUGACAUUGUCUUCAACAGAGUUAAAGUUCAUGAGGAGAAUGAGUUAAACAAGGUCCAGAAGAAGAAAGAGAAGAGGAAAGCAGUGAAGGGCAAUAUCACUCCUCUGACAGGCAAGAACUACAAGCAGCUGCUGAGCAGGCUGGAGACCCGGAAGAAUAAACUGGAGGAGCUCAAGGAGAAGGACGAGAAGAAAGCUCAGGAGCUGGAGACCAAGAUAAAAUGGACAAAUGCCCUCUAUAAGGCAGAAGGGGUGAAGAUCCGUGACGAUGAGGAGCGUCUGAAGGAGGCCCUGAAGCGCAAGGAGAAGCGGAGAGCCCAGCGCAAGAGGCAGUGGGAGGAGCGGACUGUGAGGGUGGUGGAGAAGAUGCAGCAGCGGCAGGACAAGCGCAAGAAGAACAUCCAGAAGAAGAAGAAGGAGAGGAUAGAGAAGAAGAAAGCCAGGGCCCGGAAGAAGGGCCGAGUUCUGCCAGAGGACUUGAAAAAAGCUGGGUUAAUGUGAGAGCGUGGCAGCUCUGCUGGCAUUGGGGUUCCAAGGUCUGUCACACGGGGUGUGUCACUGUCCCAGGCUGUGGGGCAGGCACUGCCACAGCUUCCCAGCCUCAUCGUGCUAAAAAAAACAGUUGUAUGUUUGUUAAUAAAGUUUUCUAUCCUAAAAAAAA